AUGGUGGGCGGGGUGGAGAAGAAAGAGCGGGUGGCGCGAACCUUGCUCGAGGAGCCGGGACAGGGCGGGAGAACAGAGAACACCUCUGGUCCUGGCAGGAUAGGUACGAAUGGGAAGAGACCUGUGCCUGCGCCUGAGCCUGUGCUCGUGCCUGAGGGUUGCAGUGAAAAAGGUCCACAGGCCCUCGAACACCGAAAAGUACCUCACCAAGCCAAAGUUGAGGUGAACCAAACUUCACACACUGCUCGCUUGAACCCCCGUGCAGUCCUGCAGUUGCAGUCGGUGCAGCAGCAGAGCGUGUCUCGUUUUGCGCCGAGAGACCCUGAGGAUGCAAUGUGCGGUGAGAUGCGCAAGGUAGGAAGCGCCUUGUUGAAGGAGGAGACUGAGGAUCGCCUGCCCCGUCUGCCACUGGGACUGGGCCCGGUUGAAGUCGUGGCUUCUAUUCGAUGGACACGACAGGAGUGCAGCUGCAAAGCAAGGUACGCCGCGCGUGAAGUCUGGGAAGCGCGCCGGACUAGGUAUUGGGUUGGCCAAGACAAGCAGCCGAUGCAGGUCACCGUAGUAGGUAUGCUUGGUGACGGAGAACUCAAUAACACCAACGAGACGACUGGUCUUUCUUGGGUGUCGGACGACGCAGAGGAUGUAGCAGAUGCCGCGAACGAAAAGCUCAAGCCACGACUAGCAGGGCUCAAUCGUAGACGGGCUGAUGCAACGGACGAGACGACAGUCGAAUGA